AUGGCUUACUAUACAUUUCCGAUAGUUUUUUUUGUGAAUGCAGAUUUUUUGGGGGGUGUUUAGUUGUGGCUGUUGUCCGUCACAGGUGAUCCAGACAGUGAGCGGCGUGGACAAGGACGAGCCUCAGAGCGGCCACCGCUUCUUCUUCUCGUUGGACGCUGCCGUAGCCGCAAAUCUCAACUUCACCCUGCGGGACAACAAAGAUAACACGGCAUCCAUACUGACCAAGCGAGGCGGCUUCCGGAGGCGGGAGCAGCCGGCGUACCGGCUGCCCGUGCUGAUCGUGGACAGCGGCAGCCCGGCACUGAGCAGCACCAACACGCUGUCGGUCCGCGUGUGCGAGUGCGACGCCGCCGGUGCGCCCCUGUCGUGCGGCGCCGUAGCCUACACGGCCACCGGCCUGAGCACCGGCGCCCUCUUGGCUAUCUUGGGAUGCAUCCUCACGCUGCUGGUGAUGGUCCUUCUCAUCGUGACCGUGCGUCGACGGCGGAAGGUUCCGCUCAUCCUGGAGGAGGAGCGCGACAUCCGGGAGAACAUCGUCCGCUACGACGACGAGGGCGGCGGCGAGGAGGACACGGAGGCCUUCGACAUGGUCACCUUGCGCAACCUCAACGCCAUCCGCGACCCCGGCGUGCGGCGGGACGUCACGCCGGACACGCCCACUUUCUUCCACUACACGUCUUCGAGCUCGACGGCGGCGGCGCGGCCGACCUACAAGUCGCUCCCGGACAACGUGGUGUUCCGCGAGUUCAUCUGGGAGCGGCUCAAAGACGCCGACGUGGACCCGUCGGCGCCGCCUUACGACUCGCUGCAGACGUACGCCUUCGAGGGCAGCGGCUCCGUGGCCGACUCGCUCAGCUCGCUGGAGUCGCUCAGCGCCGACUCGGACCAGAACUACGAUUACCUCAGCAACUGGGGGCCCCGCUUCAAGAAGCUGGCCGACCUGUACGGCAACGCGGACGGCGCCGGCGCGGGUGACGGCGCGAGCGGAGGGGGAGGCGUCUUCCCGAAGCCUUUGAACAUCGGAGGACGACACUGACGGAUGAGAGAUUUAUCGUGAGACGAUUUA